UGCGCCGUGGGGUCCAGCCCGGAGGCUGCGCGGGUGCCCGUGGCUCCGCGCCCCGCCAGACCCCCCCAAAGCGCGGGAUGGAGUCCCGGCAGAGGCGGCGGCGGCGCAGUCACCGCCCGCCGGUCUCUGCUUUCCUGCGUGACCCGGGCUCGGGGCGCGUGUAUCGGCGCGGGAAGCUGAUCGGCAAGGGCGCCUUCAGCCGCUGCUAUAAACUGACCGACAUGUCCACCAACUCCGUGUUCGCGCUCAAGGUGGUGCCUCGGGGCGGGGGCGGCCGCCUGCGACUGCGUGGGAAGGUGGAGCGUGAGAUCGCCCUGCACAGCCGCCUGCGACACCGCAACAUCGUGGCCUUCCACGGACACUUUGCCGACCGCGACCACGUGUACAUGGUGCUGGAAUACUGCAGCCGCCAGUCGCUAGCCCAUGUCCUGGAGGCGAGACGCACUCUGACGGAGCCAGAAGUUCGCUACUAUCUGCGUGGCCUGGUCAGCGGCCUGAGCUACUUGCAUCAGAGGAGGAUCGUACACCGGGAUCUGAAACUCAGUAAUUUCUUCCUGAACAAGAACAUGGAGGUGAAAAUCGGGGACCUGGGCUUGGCCGCCAGGGUGGGCCCAGGGGGCCGCUGUCAUAGAGUGCUCUGCGGAACCCCAAAUUUCCAGGCCCCAGAGGUGGUGUCCCGGAACGGUCAUUCAUGCCAGUCUGACAUCUGGGCUCUGGGCUGCGUCAUGUACAUGGUGCUGACCGGCGCACCCCCCUUCUCGGCGGCCCCCCUAUCCGAGAUGUACCAGAAUAUCCGAGCUGGCCGCUACCCUGAGCCGGCCCACCUGUCCCCCAACGCCCGGAGCCUCAUCGCCCGCCUGCUGGCUCCCGACCCUGCAGGGCGUCCCAGCCUGGAUUUGCUUCUGCAGGACGAUUUCUUCACCCAGGGCUUCACCCCGGAUAGACUGCCACCCCACUCCUGCCACAGCCCCCCGAUCUUCGCUGUUCCCCCACCUCUGAGUCGCCUCUUCCGGAAAGUGGGACGGAUGAUGCUGAGCCAGUGUCGGCCCCCCUGUCCCUUCACCCCAGAGGAGGCCUCGGGUCCAGGAGAAGAUGGAGGGAAUCCUGAUUCCAUGGAAUUGGGGGGCAAGGCCCCCCUGUUGGAGACAAGGGCUCCUAACACCGAGUGUCCCACCCACCUGCUCUCCCAAGGGUCCCUCAGAACUGACCCCAAUGAGCCUGAGGGGAGCCCCAGGGGAGAAGUGGAGGAGGCCAUUCGAAGCCUGAGACUCUGCCUGGACCCUGGAUCUACCCUGGACCUGGCCACACAGGACCCCCUGGAAGAGCAGCAGCCCAUUCUCUGGGCCCCUAAGUGGGUAGAUUAUUCCAGAAAGUAUGGCUUCGGCUACCAGCUGUCGGACGGGGGCAGCGGGGUUUUGUUUCGGGAUGGCACUCACAUGGCCGUGCGUCCCCCAGAGGGGAAAGUCAGCUACAUGCCUGCCCGGGGAAGUGUGUACACGUGGGCGCCCAGAGAUGUGCCAGGACCUCUGAGUGCCAAGCUGGCAGUUCUGCAGCUUUUUACUGGCUAUUUGCGGCGACGGAGGCGACGGGGAUUGGACAGAGAUGCACCAGCUCCAUAUACUGACCAUGGCCUGUGCCUGCUGCGUUUCCUCGCAUCCCCGCGUGCCCUGCUGCUGCUCUUCAGCGAUCACACCUUGCAGGUGAGUUUCACUGCAAAGCAAGCGCAUCUGGUGCUGAGCGGCCGAGGCGAAGGUUUGAUGCUCAGCGUGUGGGAACAGGGCCAGUCCCGCCUCUCCUACCCGCUGGGGGUCCUGAGGAGCGGUGGCUGCACCCCCACAGUCCGACGGCGCCUUCUCCGCUCUCUGCACUUGCUACAGAGCAUCUAGCAGAUGAGAGUGGACUCCUUCGGACACCCAGGAACCCUGGCUGCAUUCCAGCUCCUCAAACUUCCUUCUAGACUCAGUUUCCCCACCCUCAAACAUGAUGGGGGUGGGGGGCUCAAAGUGAGGGUCCCCACACCCUCCCUUCCUGGCAUGACUGUUGAAAACAGAUUUGUUUGUUCUUUUCUCAUUAAAAGAAAACGUGUCUGUA